UGACAUAACUUACUUAAAACCAAACAUGUGGAAAGCGCAAAUCUACCACACAAUAUUGAAACCAAAAUUUAAUUUAAAUCCCACACAAGUGUUCUUUUACAGUCAAAAAUCACCGUCACGCAAAUGGGAAGGUAACUACAAUGAUUUUCACCAACCUGAAGGUAACUGGGCACAAAAAAAUGCUGAAAUGCAAAAGAAACGCAAUAAAACGUUGGUGAUUGGAAUUGGUUUUUUCAUUGCAUCUUUUCUUUUCGGAAAAUUUACAGGUUUGUGGGAACAUUAUGACUAUUAUCCUGACCGACCAGCCGAUUUUAAUGAUUACACAGGAGGAGAAAAGAGCAAAUAAAAAUUGUGUAACUUUUCUAGAAGACAUUUUAGUUUAUAUCAUUAUGGAGUAUUUGUGUUUCUUAUGUAGUUACGGGUUUGAACAAUUAUAAAUAUAUACAAAAUUAUUAUAAGUUAAUUUAUUGAGUUCUCGAUAAUAGGGAUAUAAUCGUGUUAAAUAUAUUCUUUAAUUUCUUUAAAUUUUAAUUUUUUUCAUUAAAUUUUUCCUACGCA